AUGAACUUCGACACCACCGAACACGUCCUCCCUGGUCCGCCAGCUGACGGUGGCCUCUCCCUCACCUUCGUGCGCGCCGUCCCCCAUUCGUUGGAUGCCGCAGAAGCAGAGCCGAGUGCACGGCCUCGUCCCACUGUCUCGCUGAUCCUCUUGCACAGCGCCGCAUCGCACAAGGAAGUGUGGUUCCCCACGCUCGAGCACCUCUUCGACCUACAGGAACAAGACACCGAUCACGCGAGUCCGUGCGUCGUCGUCGAAGCAUGGGCGAUGGACGUACCCAGCCACGGCCGCGCCGCGGUGCUGAACGAGCAUAUAUUGCCACAGCUCGCCGACGGUAGUAUAUCUGGACAGCAGGCGGCCCGCGGGGUACAAGUCCUUCUCAAGUCCGGCCUGAUCAAAGGCAACCACGUCAUCGGCAUCGGCCAUUCCGCAGGUGCAUGCGUGCUGAUCCAGUCCACAGCAGGCUACCCCCGCGACGCGCUCCCCUACGCGUCCAUCAUCCUCGCCGAGCCGGUCAUUCUGACCCCCGACGUGCUCGACCAGAUCCUGCAAGGCGACUCCUCCCUCGGGAAGAUCCUCGAGUACACGCGCACGCGCCGCGACAUCUGGCCGUCCCGCGCCGUCGCGCGCGCCUGGCUCGCCACCCGGCUUCCCUGGAGCCAGUGGGACGCGCGCGUGCUCGAUCUCUACGUCGAGCACGCGCUGCGCGACCUGCCGACCGCGGUGUACCCAGACGAGCACGAGGGCGUGACGCUGGCGACGACGCGCGCGGCCGAGCUCGCUGCGUACACGCACUACGAGGACGCGUACGAGGCGGCUGAGAUCCUCCCCAGCCUCUGCGAUGCGGGGCUCCCCGUGCACAUCGUCUGGGCCACCGUUAAAGACAGACUGCCGCAGCCGGUGCACAAGUGCGCGGCGAGCGCGGCGGCGAACAGCCCGGUGCGCAUGAUCUGGAACGUCGUGGAGGGCGGGCACCAGAUCGUGCAGGAGAACCCGGACGGCGUCGCAGACGCUAUCUGGGAGACGCUCACACACAACGCGAAGUCCGUGUACAUGAACGAGCAGUGUGAGUUCGUGGUCGACAAGCUCUUCCCGGAUUUGGAUUCGGGAGAUGGGGAGUAGUUACCUGAAGGAUGAAACGUUGGCGUCGCUACAAGAAGUUGUUGAUCUCUGGUAUGCACCAACCCACGGCAGGAUCACGGCUGUCUUGAAGUUCAAUUGAGGGCCUCGCGCCUAAGUACGAGUACAUGGACAAGUGAAUGUCUUAGUAGCAAGCAGUAACAGUAC